CUCCUUCCUUCCUGUCUCCGGUGUCUUCGUCCUCUCCUCUCCUCUCCUUAUCCUUCCACCCCUCGCAAACCCCCUUGGCGAUAAAACCCUAACCGUAAUGCUAACAUCCCUGAGCAAUCCCCGACUCCUCCCUUCCCACAUCCUUCCCUUCGAUCAGCGCCACCCAGUGCUUCAUCGAUCACCCUCAAUCACUGCCUACGACGGCAGCGGCAGCCGCGACGGAGACCGCUUCCGGGCGCUGUCCUUGAAGAGGUCGGGGUUCCUCUCGGUGAUUGACCGGGCGAUGGAGGAGGAGGAGGAGUACCGGAAGGCCAGGGCGGAGGUCCAGCGUAAGGGGGUGGACGUGGAAGGCUACUCGAUCGAAGGGAUUUCCGUAGGCGGCCACGAGACCUGCGUUAUGGUCCCGAGUUUGAACGUCGCGUUUGACAUUGGCCGGUGCCCGUCUAAAGCUGUCCACCAGGAUUUUCUCUUUAUCACUCACGCUCACCUCGACCACAUUGGGGGACUUCCAAUGUAUUUAGCAACUCGCGGCCUCUACAAUCUAAAACCUCCAACAGUAUUUGUGCCUCCAUGCAUCAAAGAAGAUGUGGUGAAUUUACUUGAAAUUCAUAGAAGGAUGAGCCAAGUUGAGUUGAAACUUGAUUUAGUUGCACUUGGUCCGGGGGAGACGUAUGAAAUACGUAACAACCUUGUUGCCAGACCAUUCAGAACCCACCAUGUGAUACCCAGCCAGGGGUAUGUCAUUUAUUCAGUGAGAAAUAAGCUUAAAAAACAGUAUGCUCACCUAAAAGGCCCUCAAAUCAAAAAGUUGAAGCUUUCUGGCGUUGAGAUUACAGAUAUUGUAUUGUCUCCAGAGGUUGCCUUCACAGGAGACACAAAUUCUGAUUUCAUUCUUGAGCCACGAAAUGCAGAUGCCCUGAGAGCGAAAAUUCUUAUAACUGAGGCGACCUUCUUAGAUGAUGAGAAUGACAUCGAACAUGCACGCGAACAUGGUCACCUGCAUUUGCUCGAGAUAAUGGAGCAUGCACAGUGGUUCCGCAACAAGGCCAUCUUGCUGACCCACUUCUCAUCCAGAUACAAGAUUGAGGAUAUCCGCCAAGCAGUAUCAAAGCUGCAACCAAAAUUGUCUCCGAAGGUUGUUGCUCUCACAGAGGGCUUCAGAUCGGCAUACUAAUACUGCACUUUGUCCGUGCAGGCAACUUCCUUUCAUGCGAUCUCCUCAUUAUGGAUACAUAGGUAAUCUGAUUGACACGAUGGUUAAAUUGUCAUCAUGAAAGGAUGAUUACUCAUAGCAAACAUGGAUAGGGAUCUACUUAAAUGAUGGUGGUCCGUUCCAGCAUGAGCGUGAGUCGAUACAUCAAGAUUACAACAUCUGAAUCGGCCCGCCCCAGUGCUGGGCACUGAGUUGGUACCCCAAAGCUAUAACGUACAGAUUGCCUAACUCAAUGAUGAAUGAUCGAAUAUUUUGUGUAAUCGUUCGGGAAGUUAAUCUUCAUUCUGUCA